AUGGAAGGCUUCUUUGGAAACACUCAAGCGGAUGCAUCUCCUGAUACUUUGAGGGCCUCCAGCUCCAGCCGCGCCUCCCUUACGCCCAAUGAUACGGCAAGAGAGUCGCCUCCAGAAGCCCCCAUCGCGAAAGCCGACAGCGGGCAGAUCAAGAAGCGGGGAAGGAAGGGACACAGUAAGUCGAGGACUGGCUGCUUUAAUUGUAAAAAGGCCCGCAUCAAGUGUAAGGAAAACCGGCCCUCCUGUGACUAUUGUGCCCACCGAGGACUGCAAUGCGAAUGGCCCGAGAUUCAAAUCAACCAAGUGGGGAUAGUUAUACGAAACCCGAUGCCAGAGCUUACAAUCCCGGCAGCUCCCCAGUCAAACUUACCAGUGUUCACAAUGCAAGAUUUCCGAUUCUUCCAGCACUUCAUCAGUUCGGCUUAUCCUCAUCACCCAAUUGACAACGAUUGGCAAUGGACCCAUGAUGUUCCGAGUAUGGCAUGCGAUUUCGACUUUCUGCUCCACGCCAUGCUCGCAUUGUCCGCCUCUGAUCUAGCAGCCAAUUCGGAUGACAGCAAUGACAUGAAACUCAUUCCUACCUCGAUUAUGCAUCGAAUAAAAUCCAUUGAGUCCCUGAACAAAGCCGUAGCGGCGGGUAUCAAAUCCUGGCAACAAGGAAACGCCAUGAUUGCCACGUGUUUUACAUUACUUUUCCAAUCCGUCCUGCUGAAUGAUGGGCUAUCCGAGUACAUAUCUUUCCUCCGAGGCAUCCUUACGAUCGGAAUGCAAAUGGGUCAAAGGAGGAUGAAAUUUGUGUUCGAGAGGCUUUGGGGUAACGAGCAGCUGCAGUCGAGGGACGCUGAACUCUCGGCUGCGCCUUUGAUCAACGAAGAAGUAGUUUCAGCAGCCUGUCGGUCUUUCGAGAAAAUGUCCCCACUACUCAAGACAAAGACGGAAAUUGGCAUGUAUGGUCUUCUGCUCAGCAUGGCACGCAGUCUAGUCACCUCAUCGAAAGAAGGCAAGUCAGAUAUCUGUUUGUAUCAACUGUUCAUGAUGAUGCCGCACGAGGAGUUCCGCGAGUUCACAGACUCGAAAAAUGAAGUGUGCCAGCUACUGCAAGCUCACUUUGUGGCUAUGCAACUGAUCAUGACACCCAUUAGCAGAGUUGAAUGGGGGAAGAGAAAAUCGCCAACUGAGAUGCAGACAGAAGGGAGAACGGGACGGUGGCUAACCACGCUGCACAAUGCGAUGCCGCCGCAUAUGCGAGGGUAUUACGAGUGGACUUUAUGGGUUGAGAAGGCCAAUUAUACGAACUAA